AUGCACCGCACACACCAUCCCCAUUGCCACACACGCACCAAGGCAGACAGCACGCCCUGGUGCUUCCACACGUAUGCCCUACGCCUGCCACCGCUCUCCUCCUGCCCGCCCUACCCUCGCGUGCACAUAAACAGCUCCAGCGGCUCCGCAGUCUCCUCCCACGCAAUCGCCCCCACCGCGGGCUCCUCCUAUGCGCUCACGGUGCGCGUGUCCCGUGACAUGCUGAGAGGCGCCACCGGCUGCACGGCAUGGCCGGCCUCUCUCUUCCUCGCAGAGGCCCUCCUCUCGCACCCGUCUCUCCUCCUCCCCUCUGACCACCGCCCCUCCACGCACUCGCCCUUUACACCCACCCCCGCGCCUGCUGACUCAAUCCAACGGGCACCUGCCGCCCCUGUUGAUGGCGCUGCGGUGGGAGCCUCUAAGGGCCCUGGCAGCACGCCGGUGGCUGGGGAGCCGCGCCCUGUGAACGCACCGGUGUGCCUGGAGCUGGGGGCGACUUUUGAGUCGACUCAAAUGUCACCGCGCCGUGUGAACGCACCAGUGUGCGUGGAGCUGGGGGCGGGCUGUGGGCUGCUGGGGCUGUGCCUCUCGCCCCUCCCACUUGCUAAGAUGCCAGCACCGCCUCUCUCACCAGCCUCUGCUUCACUCACUCCCCCUUUUUUUUGCCGUUUUCUGAUGCCCUUUUCCCGCCCUCCCCCCACCUCUCACCUCCCCCAGCUCAUUCUGACAGACGCCAGCACCGCCUCUCUCACCAACCUCUGCACCAACCUCGCCACCAAUGCGCUGCCCUUCUCCUCGAGCCCGGAGAUUCCUCUCGUGCACCCCUUGCGCCCUCAUGGGAGCAAGCGCACAGCAGUCCCGAGUCAAGGCGUCCAGCACAGGGCGCAUGAGGAGGAGCAGAGCGCUGAGAGAGAGGAGGUGUGCAAGGGGAAUAGGUCAGAAGGGGCCGCAGAGAUGCAAGGGUGGGAGGGCGUGGGGGGGGAAGGGUGUGCAGGAGGGGAGGGAGGUGCAAGGGUGCAUGUGCAGCAGCUGUGUUGGGAAGAGGUCACACCCGCGCUUGCAUCAUCCCUCUCUGCUGACGUCAUCAUUGGUGCUGACAUCGUGUACGACCCCUCCGUGGUCCCCGCCCUCGCUGAUGCGCUGGCAGCCUUCCUGUCCACGUCAGUGCACAGCGCAUGCACGGAGCGCACCACCUGGCAAGAUCAACACCCAGCUGACAUGGCCCGUGCUGCUCCCACGCAGCACGCCGGCAUCCCUGAACAUGUCGCUUCCUCCCCACUACCCAUCUCCCUGCCUCCGCCCCCCUAUGCCUUCAUAGCCUCCACGCACCGCAACCCGCUCACCAUGGCAUGCUUCCUGCAGGCCCUGCACGACCGUGGGCUGCAGCUAGCUACCGUUCGUUCGAAGCUCAUCCCAAGCCAGCAGCAUACUUUCUAUCACUUUGACGCCGCGUUUAACGUCAUGGCUGCCCUUGUCCAAGUCGCGCCAGGGUCAUGCCUUUCCGCAUCGCUCGCACCGUCGGCGGCUGGCGGAAGGUGCACCUCCCAAUCAGCGUCGUUAGACUGCCGGCCAGUCUCUGCCGCCUCUCGACUCAGCAGCUGUGCAGUUCGCGCGAAACACCGCGUGCCUCUGCUGAGACACGUGGCAACCUUCCAGGAUGACGCGUGUCGAUCAUUCUACGAGCCGGUACGCUGCAAGAAGGCGGACAAGGAGAGCAAGGGCUUUAAGGAGGCGAAGCGGUCGCUGAAGGCGAAAGCGGCAGUGCUGGAAUCGCAGUUCGUCGCCUUGGCCGAAGCCGUUGACUCGGACGAACGGCAGACCGGCGUUGCGACGGCCACCUCGGUUGACGCGGACUUCGUUGCGACGGUGCUUCGCGAGCUGAAGGAGAUCAAGGCGGAGCUCAAGUCGCUCAAGCAGACGCAGAAGAAGAUGAUGGAAUCCUCCUCCUCCUCCUCUUCCUCCUCGUCCUCAUCGUCUAGCAGCGACGGCGGCAUGGGGGGAAUGAAGGCCAGGCGCAUGGAGCGCCGCAAAGCACGGCAGCAGGGCGCCAUGGGGAUGAUGGGGAUUGGGGGGAGCGUGGGGGGUUCCGUCGCCACUGGGGCUGCUGCUGCCGCCCUCGUAGUAGGUGCAGCUGCACAAUGUGCGACACCCCUACAGGCGUGCGACUUUUACUUCAAGCCUCCACGUGGCAUGAAGCCUUUUGUCCCCACGUUCAAGAUACGCGCCUCCAAUAUGAAUCUCAUGCUCAGCCAAACCUUCAUCAUGCACAAGUCGGGUGACGUCGUGCUAUCCACGAGCAAUAACAACGAGUACAACGGAUGCAUUAUGACGCCAAGAACGGACUGGCGUACGUGUGAUAAGGUGUUUCUGUUCAAGGGAGCGGGAAACGGGCCCAGCUCCUACGUCAACACCAACCUCGUCGCCAUGUACCCCAUGACCCCCGACGUCGUCCCUUUGUAUAAGAAUAGGUGCAUCGUGCUGCGGAUGGACAACACUCGUCUCGCCCGCAGCGGCUACCUCAACAGCGGUGAUACCCGCAUGAGAUUCCCUGAGCAACGCCGCUGCAUUGUUUUCAAGACCGCGUAA